AUGACGGCCACUGUGUUAAUAAACACGUUCAUUUUGAGUUUCCAAGGGAACCCAGAUUCGAGCGUCGCAGGCCUCCAAAAUCUAGACCAUUCCAUCAAAUUUGCGCACCUUUUUGGAAUCGACGACCUACAGUUCGAGAUUGCGGCGGAGCAGAGGCAGCUGCUCUUCACAAGGGCGUGGACCAGCGUGGCGACGGCAUGGCUGGACUGGUGGCUGUAG